CCCUGGCAAACUCUAGACUCCAGAGUAACCACUCACCGACUUAUGCAUUUAAAAUCUCUGAAAUUCUCGGCAAACUGCAAGAAACCCCUAACUUUCCCUUCCAUCAUUUUCCGUCUUUCCAAACAUGGUUCGCAGGUCUGAUCGCAUCGCUGCCCGUCCACCUAAGAGCUUUGCUGCCCUAGAAAGCUCUGAAGAAGAAGAAGAGGAGGAGGGUGCUGGCGAAGAAGAAAGGGAAGGAGACAAUGACAGGAGACUUCAAGAUGUUUUUUAUGAUGACAAGGAAGGAGUAUUGGAGCAUGGACCAAAGAAAGGGCGAAAAAAGCAACAGAGCAAACCGAAACUACAAUGGAAAGUUUUGGAAAAAGAGAAUGAGACUUUUCUAAAUUGUUGUGAAAUAAAAAAUCAUCUUAUGAAUUUCGGAGAUGAAGUGAUUUUGGAACCUACUGAGGCGCCCCCGCACUUUCUUGUACCUCUUCUGAGCCACCAAAAGGAAUGGCUGACUUGGGCUUUAAAGCAGGAGGAGUCACCUUUUAGAGGAGGGCUUCUUGCAGAUGAGGCUGGAAUGGGGAAGACAAUCCAAGCCAUUGCGCUGGUUCUUGCAAAAAAGCCAAUCCAUAGAAUAGACGCUGGACCAUGUGAAGCAUUGCCUUCAUCCAGUUCACAGACAGCAGAACUGCCAGAAACUAGAUGCACACUCAUUAUCUGUCCUCCAAUUGCUCUGUCUCAUUGGGAGAAGGAGAUUGUUCGUUGUACACCCCAAGGGAGCACCAAAGUGCUAGUCUGUCAUGGGGAUGAAAGAAACAAGAUGGUUCAUGACUUAUCGAGCUAUGAUUUUGUUUUGACAACUUAUCAGACCGUAUUCACGGAAUAUGAGACCUCUUGUAAGUUGUGGUUUCCCGUAGAUCUGGCUUCACUCUGUAGAGGAUGGAGAUUUGGAAUUGCUGAGAGAGAGUACGAGGAGAAUUUGAAAUCUUCCAAAAUGGAAGCAAAAUGUGCAAGUUCAGGAGAUAGUACAUGUGUUUGUGAUGGUGGUAGAGGGAAGAGUUCUUGCAAUAAUAAAAAGAAGAAUCCCAAGCAAAAAAAGAAUGCAAGCACUUUGUCUUCCAAGUCAAGUCUAUCAAUCACUAGGGAAUUCUCUCUGCACUCAAUUAAGUGGCAACGGAUUAUUCUGGAUGAGGCUCACUCCAUAACAAACGAAACUACAAAAGCAAUUUUUUCUUUAAAGUCUUCAUACAAAUGGGCUUUAAGUAGCACUCCAGUUCAGAAUAAUUUCCAAGAACUUUACUCAAUGAUCCGCUUUUUGCAAAUAUUUCCUUAUGCAUACCACUUUUGUCAAUAUUGUGACUGGAAAUGUAUCAUGCCCGAACUUUGUUGGACUCAUAAUUGGUCCUUUUGCUGGUGGCAAAAGUAUGUUCGUAAACCAAUGAGACAAGGAGGUGAUGCAAAAAGAAGAGCCAAGACUUUGGUAACCCAAAAGAUUCUGAAAAGCAUAAUGCUAAGGCGUACUAAAGAAAGUAGAAAAGAACUUUGCCUUCCAACUAGAAUUGUGGGUGUUAGAGUGAGACGAUGUGCAUUAGAUAUUAGAGAAGAAGAGUAUUACAGGACAUUAUAUGAAAAAUGUCGAUCACAUUUUAAUAGAUAUGUUGCGGCUAGACACUCGUGGACAGAUUGGUCUCAAAUAGGUAGACUUUUGCCUCGGUUGCAAAAGGCACUCAAUCACCCAUAUCUUGUGAUUUAUUCUAAAGGUCCAGUACCAGGAAGGAGAUAUAGGAUUGAUUUGGCAAAGGAUGAUCAAGUCUGUGGCAUUUGUCAUGAGGCUCCAGAAGAUAAAGUUGUUGCAUGUUGCAAGCAUGUCUUUUGUAAGACUUGUCUGCAGUCUCUUGCUCCAGCCCUUGGACUAGCUUUAUGUCCCUUAUGUUCAACACCAUUUACUGGUAAAUCUGCAAUGAAGAAGAAUGAUUCUCCAUUUACUGGUAAAUCUGCAAUGAAGAAGAAUGAUUCCGUACUGAAGAACAAUACUGGUUCCGGAACAACCUUUAAAGACUUUAAAUCCUCAAGUCUCUUAAAGAGAAUUUCUCUCAAUGAAUUUCAGACAAGCACAAAAAUUGAAGCUUUGAGGGAAGAAAUCAGGUUCAUGGUAGAAACAGAUGGUUCUGCAAAAGCUCUUGUUUUUAGCGAGUUCAUUUCUUUCUUGGAUUUAAUUGAGUACUCCUUGCUGAAGUCUGAAAUAAAUUGUGUAAAGCUGGUCAUGGAUAACACUGUUGAUGCAAGAAAUGCAUUGGUAUCAAGAUUCUUCAAAGACCCAGAUUGCAAAAUCUUACUCACAACUUUGGAAGCUGGAGGUGUUUCCUUGAAUCUCACCAUCGCAUCAUAUGUUUUCUUGAUGGAACCCUUCUAUACCGCUGCAGAGUUGAAGGCUAGUGAUAGAGUUUACCGAAUCGGUCAGCACAAGACAGUAAGAAUUGUGAAGUUUGUAGCUGAGAACACAAUAGAGGAGAGGAUGCUGGAGCUGCAAGCAGCGAAGAACCAAAUUUCACUGAGUGCAUUACCUGGUUCGCUAAAUCUUGAGGAAGAACUAACAGUUGAGGACCUGAACUACUUCUUCAUGUAAGCCAAAGGUAUGCUUGGCAAACUGACAUAUUUGGCUGGUGGUGAUUAUGAGAAAACCUCGGCAAAAGUAAACUUCUUUGUACUUGUUUCUUGUAUACUUUGCAAAAGGAAAAAAAGAAUGCUUUGACAGAGGAGCAAUAUGAGCAUGUAUGGGCUUGAUUUGUUUGUCCAAAUAUUCCUAUUAUUGGGUGAUUGAUAAAAGUAUGAUCAAUCUUUGCUUAACUUUGGUUUAAAAGUCACUUCUGUUUUGGUGUUGAUGAAAAACAAUAUUGAGUGUGAGAAAGGUAACAUCUCUUUAGUAUAGGUUGUGUGAAAAAGUUAUUUAUUUCUGUAAGAGAUUACUUAUUUAUUUACUAUGUCAUCGUAUUGACAUGUCA